AUGAUCGCUGGAGUCAAAUGUGGUGCAGAAGCGAAUGUGGUGACAAAAGGUGAUGGUGCAGAAGCGAAUGUGGUGAAAAAAGAUGAUGGUGCCGGUAAAGAAAAGGCCGAGGAGGACGAGGAGGAGGACGAGGAGGAGGUGGAAGGGGAAGAAGGGGGCAUGGUGGUGGAGAUGGACGUGGAGUGGCGCCCGGGCGGCCGGAGGUCGGUGGCCUCCUCGGCUGUGAGCUCCGCGGGCGCCGCGGGCCGGGCGUUGGGAGGCUACCACGGCGCGGGCCACCCGAGCGGGCGGCGGCGCCGAAGAGAGGACCCGGGCGCGCCGUGCUCCAGCCCAGACGGCGGCGGGGACCCGCUGCACCGCCACCUCCCCGGGGACGGGCAGCCGCCCCGCGUGGCCUGGGCCCGGAGGCUGGCCCGCGGGCUGCGAGGUCUCUGGGGAACAAGACUCAUGGAAGAAAGCAACACUAACCGAGAGAAGUACCUUAGAAGUGUUUUACGGGAACUGGUCACAUACCUCCUUUUUCUCAUCGUCUUGUGUAUCUUGACCUACGGGAUGGUGAGCUCCAGUGUGUACUACUACAACCGGGUCAUGUCGCAGCUCUUCAUCGACUCCCCGCUGUCCAAGACGGAGAACACCAACUUUAAAACGCUCUCCUCGAUGGAAGACUUUUGGAAGUUCUCAGAAGGCCCCUUGUUGGACGGACUGUACUGGAAGAUGCAGCCCAGCAACACAGCGGAAGCUGACAACCGAAGCUUCAUUUACUACGAGAACCUGCUGCUAGGGGUACCGCGCUUACGGCAACUCAAAGUCCGAAACGGGUCCUGUUCCAUCCCGCAGGACUUGCGGGAUGAGAUUAAAGAGUGCUAUGAUGUCUACUCUGUCAGUAGUGAAGACAGGGCUCCUUUUGGGCCUCGAAAUGGAACCGCUUGGAUCUACACAAGUGAAAAAGACUUGAAUGGGAGUAGCCACUGGGGAAUGAUUGCAACUUACAGUGGAGCUGGCUACUACCUGGAUUUGUCCCGAACAAGAGAGGAGACAGCUGCCCAGAUUGCUAACCUCAAGAAAAAUGGCUGGCUGGACCGAGGAACCAGGGCAGCGUUUCUUGAUUUUUCUGUGUACAACGCCAAUGUUAACCUGUUCUGUGUGGUCAGGUUACUGGUCGAAUUCCCAGCCACAGGCGGUGUGAUUCCAUCCUGGCAAUUCCAGCCUGUGAAGCUGAUCCACUACAUCACCACUCUGGAUUACUUCCUGGCGGCCUGUGAGAUUGUCUUCUGCUUCUUUACCCUUUACUACCUGGUGGAAGAGAUUUUGGAAAUUCGCAUUCACAAACUGCAGUAUUUCAGGAGUUUCUGGAAUUGUCUGGAUGUUGUGAUCGUUGUGCUGUCGGUGGUAGCUAUAGGAAUCAGCAUACACAGAACGUCGAGCGUGGAGGUGCUGAUGCAAUUUCUGGAAGAUCAGAAUGCAUUCCCCAACUUCGAACAUCUGGCUUACUGGCAAAUCCAGUUCAACAAUGUCGCUGCGGUCACAGUAUUUUUUGUAUGGAUUAAGCUCUUCAAAUUUAUUAACUUCAACAGGACCAUGAGCCAGCUUUCCACAACCAUGUCUCGGUGCGCCAAAGACCUCUUUGGUUUUGCUAUCAUGUUCUUCAUCAUUUUCCUGGCUUACGCCCAGUUGGCCUACCUUGUCUUUGGAACUCAGGUUGACGACUUCAGUACGUUUCAAGCAUGUAUCUUCACUCAAUUCCGUAUCAUUUUGGGCGACAUCAACUUUGCAGAGAUUGAGGAGGCUAAUCGAGUUUUGGGACCAAUUUAUUUCACUACUUUUGUCUUCUUUAUGUUCUUCAUUCUCUUGAAUAUGUUUCUGGCCAUCAUCAAUGACACUUACUCUGAAGUCAAGUCUGAUUUGGCCCAGCAGAAGGCUGAAAUGGAACUCUCCGAUCUUAUCAGAAAGGGCUGCCAUAAAGCCUUGGUCAAACUAAAAUUGAAAAAAAGUACCGUGGAUGACAUUUCAGAAAGUCUGCGGCAAGGGGGAGGCAAGUUAAACUUUGACGAACUUCGGCAAGAUCUCAAAGGGAAGGGCCACACUGAUGCAGAGAUUGAGGCAAUAUUUACAAAAUAUGACCAAGAUGGAGACCAAGAACUGACCGAACAUGAACAUCAGCAGAUGAGAGACGACUUGGAAAAAAAGAGGGAGGACCUGGACUUGGAUCACAGCUCCCUGCAACGCCCUAUGAGCAGCCGAAGCUUCCCACGCAGCCUGGAUGACUCUGAGGAGGAGGAUGACGAAGACAGUGGGCAUAGUUCCAGAAGGAGAGGCAGCAUCUCCAGUGGGGUUUCAUACGAAGAGUUUCAAGUCCUGGUGAGACGAGUGGACCGGAUGGAGCACUCCAUCGGCAGCAUCGUGUCCAAGAUUGAUGCUGUGAUCGUGAAGUUGGAGAUCAUGGAGCGAGCCAAGCUUAAAAGGAGGGAGGUGUUGGGGAGGCUACUGGAUGGGGUGGCUGAGGUAAGUAGUCCUGGCUGGCAAAUGCUCACCAGUGAGCAAGGCAUUUAUUGCUAACAAU